UCAUUGCAGAAUAUCGACCAUUCAUCUGUUCUUCCGUUGAAGAUCGCAAAAUCUUGAUAUCAGAUUUACUGGAAAAGGCUCCGAAAACUCAAAAGAGAUGGAAACCGGAGCUCUGCUUUCCUCUAUGACAACUUCUUCUUCGUCUUCGUAUUCGUCUUCCUUAUAUUCUGGUGUUUCUAUCGCUUGCUCCCGUUUUCAAGUACGAAACGAGAUUUCAUUUCCUUGCAAACUCAACUCUGAGUUUGUCAGAGGUAGCAGGAAUGUCAAGGUCUCUCGGUUGAGGGCUGGUGGCUUCUGGGAUGCAAUUAGAUCCGGGUUUGCAAAGGAUAAUAGUUUGCAGAUUGUUGAACCCCCAUCUUCCAUCCAAGAAGAGGAAGAUCCAUUGCCUGAAGAAUUUGUUCUAGUUGAAAAGCCACUAUCUGAUGGAGCAGUUGAACAAAUCGUCUUUUCUUCAGGAGGAGAUGUGGACAUAUAUGAUCUUCAGGCCUUAUGUGAUAAGGUUGGUUGGCCUCGAAGGCCACUGACUAAGCUUGCUGCAGCUCUAAAGAAUAGCUACAUUGUAGCAACUUUGCAUUCUAGAAUAGUAUCAUCUGAAGAAGAGGUGAAUGUCCAAAAGAAGCUGAUUGGUAUGGCUCGUGCAACAUCAGAUCAUGCUUUCAAUGCUACUAUUUGGGAUGUUCUAGUAGAUCCUUCCUAUCAAGGCCAAGGGCUUGGGAAAGCACUUAUUGAAAAGCUCAUAAGGACACUUUUGCAAAGGGACAUUGGAAAUAUUUCAUUGUUUGCUGAUAGUCAAGUUGUUGAAUUUUAUCAGAAUCUAGGUUUUGAACCUGACCCUGAGGGCAUCAAAGGUAUGUUCUGGUACCCGAGGUAUUAAUUGUCUAUGGUUGGAUCAAUCAUCUUGCAGCUCUGCAACAAUUGUAUGGCAUUUCAUAGUCCAAGUGGCAUGGGAAUUCUGAGAUUAUAUACAUGAUUAUCCAAUGGUUUUCAAAGGUCCCAUUGUAACAGAAAUGUACAUCAUUAGGUGCAGACAAAGUUGUAUAUUAUUUCCAGAUUAAAUCUUUAAAUCUUUUGGAGGCAGUCAACAAAAAUUUCUCAGUUGAUAUUUUCUGUUAUCCUCCAUAUUUUUGGUGGCAUCAAGUAUUGUUUUGUGACCAUUGUCAUACUCUCAUGUUUCAGAUAUUCAAAUCAAAGAUAGUUUACCAUAAUUUUUUGUGGGAGUUAA